AUGCACCCCGUUAACGGAGAUCUCUACGCGACUGGGUCAAGUUCGUAUAGCUCGUACUCUUCCUAUGGCCGCAGUCGCGGGAACUCGUACUCCACGUACGGCACGCCCGGCCCUCGGCCACCUCCACCUCCUUCACCCCCGCCGGCAGUUCUUCGGACACCGUCGGCUGAGCGCACGCCCUCACCGAUGGACGAGGAUGAUGACGAUGAUGCGGAGCCUGACUACACGUCCCCAUAUGGCGCGGACAUACAAAGUCGAUACCUCCCCCGCGCGCCGCCGUACGCUCUUCCUACCGGGCCCGCUGAGCGAUCAUCGCCACACACGCCUGCGUCGAAGAAAGGCAGCAACGGUGCCACGCCGCAGGAGAACGGGAGCUCGAAGAGCCCCGCGCCUUCCGCGCCCGCUUAUAGUAACGGGUAUUGGCAUCGCUAG